GCUGCCCUUAAAGGGCUCACCUUGCUGUGGUGCCGCGUCUGUGGCGCUGUGACCUGUGCCGAGUCGUGGGAAGCACGCGGGGGAACCAGGAAACUUAGAGAUGGACCCAGUGGCCAUUGAGGAUGUGGCUGUGAACUUCACCCCAGAGGAGUGGGCUUUACUAGAUCCUUCACAGAAGAAACUGUACAGAGAUGUGAUGUUGGAAACCUUCAGGAACCUUGAAUCAUUAGUCUGCAUUUCAGGAAAAACAUGGAAAGUUCAUGACAUUGACGAUCAGUACAAAAACCAGGGGAGAAUACUAAGAAAUCAUGUGGUAGAGAGACUCUGUGAGAGUGAAGAGGAUCGUCAAUGUGGAGAAAACUUUAGCCUUAUUUCAAAUCUCAAUCUGAACAAGAAAACUACUGCAGCAAAGCCCUAUAAAUGCAAUGCAUGUGGAAAAGUCUUCAAGCAUCGUUCAUCCUUUAAUAGGCACAUUAGAUGUCACACUGAACACAAAGCGUAUGAGUGUCAAAAAUAUGGAGAGAAGCCAUAUAAAUGUAAGGAAUGUGGGAAAGCCUUCACUUUUCCCAGUAAUCUUCAAAGACAUGAAAGAACUCAUACUGGAGAGAAACCCUAUGAAUGUAAAAAAUGCAGUAAAGCAUUCAGUAGACUCAGUUCUCUUCAAAGACAUGAAGGAACUCAUACUGGAGAGAAACCCUAUGAAUGUAAAAAAUGUAGUAAAGCAUUCAGUAGACUCAGUUAUCUUCAAAUGCAUGAAACAGUUCAUACUGGAGAGAAACUCUACAUAUGUAAACAAUGUGGGAAAUCCUUUACAUUUCCCUCAAGCCUUCAGUCACACAUGAUCUUUCACACUGGAGAUGGACCUUAUAAAUGUAAGGAAUGCAAGAAAGUAUUCAGUUCUCCCAGUGUAUUGCAAAAACAUGAAAGGAGUCACACUGGAGAGAAACCCUAUGCAUGUAAGGAAUGUGGGAAAGCCUUCACUUUUCCCAGUUCUCUUCCAAUACAUGAAAGAACUCAUACUGGAGAGAAACCCUAUAAAUGUAAAAAGUGCAGUAAAGCAUUCACUAGACUCAGUUCUCUUAAAAGACAUGAAGGAAUUCAUACUGGAGAGAAACCCUAUGAAUGUAAAAAAUGCGGUAAAGCAUUCAGGUCUUCCAGUUAUCUUCAAAUACAUGAAAGAAUUCACAAUGGAGAGAAACCCUAUGAAUGUAAGGAAUGUGGCAAAGCCUUCAGUUCUGUUAAAGGGUUCCAAAUACAUAAAAGAAAUCAUACUGGAAAGAAACCAUAUGAAUAUAAAAAAUGUAGUAAAGCAUUUAGUUGUCUUAAUACUCCAAACAAAUGAAAGACAUCACACUGGAGAGAAAUGCUUUGAAUGUAAAGACUGUGGGAAAGCCUUUAUUGCUCUCACAGACCUUCAAGCACACACGAUCACUCACAGUGGAGAUGGACCUUAUACAUGUAAGGAAUGUGAGAAAGUAUUCAUUUCUCCAGGUUCAUUUGAAAUACAUGAAAGGAGUCACAUUGGAGAGAAACCCUAAGAAUCUAACGAAUGUGGGAAAGCCCUCAGUUUGUACGCUAACUUAAAAGUACACCAAAGAACUCACACAGAAGGAACACACCUUUUGGAUGUAAGGAAUGUGGUAAGGCUUUCAUUUCUCUUCAAGCUCUCCAAAUACAUGAAAGACAUCACAGUGGGCAGAAACCCUAUGAAUGUAAAAAAUGCAGUAAAGCCUUCACUUCUUCCGGUUCUCUUCAAAUACCUGAAAGAAUUCAUACUGGAGAGAAACCCUGUAAAUGUAAGGAAUGUGGGAAAACCUUUACUGCUCCCUCAAGUCUUUGAUCACACAUGAUCUUUCACACUGGUUAUGGACCUUAUAAUUGUGAGGAAUGUGAGAAAGCAUUGAUUUCUCACAGAUGAUUUCAAAGACAUGAAGGAAGUCACACUGGAGAGAAACCAUGUGAAUGCAAAAACUGCAGUAAAACAUUCACUUCUUCUAGUUCUCUUCAAAUACAUGAAAGUAUUCACACUGGAGAGAAACCCUAUGAAUAUCUGGAAAAUGGGAAAGCCUUUAUUUCUCAUGAAAACUUGAGAAUAUGCAGGAAUACACACUAGAGGAAAAAAACAUGUAAAUGAAAAUGUGGGGAAGUCUUUUGUCAUCUGAGUUCUUUCUGAAGGCAUAAAAGGACUCACUUAAUAAAAACUUCUUGAAUGUAAACACCACGGGAAAGAUUUCAUUUGGCCUGUGUUCUUCUUUGUGAAACUCCCACCAAAAAAAUAUACACGUAAGUCAUGUUUGAAAGCUUGAUGGAAACUAAUUUGUGUAUAAUGUUCUCAAAAACUUUCAACAUGAAAGAGUUGCUAUAAAAGUUGUAAAUAUAUUGUAUUUAGCAAGCCUCUCUCUUAAAGUACAACAUUGAAUGGAAUCUAUUAAUUACUUUCAGAAAUGAAUGUUGAGAUGAAAUAACUCUGCAACUCAUAUUUCAUCAGUGGUACAUAAGACUACUAGGUAGUGCUUUUUAUUUCAGUUAAUAAUACUUUCUUUUUAAUUUUUUAGUAAUGUUUUAAUUGUUCUGCGUUAAGGGGCCAUUGAAAAAUGACAUUUUUUAUUUGUUGGAAUUUUCUUUUUGGCCUUGUGUUGCAGUCCUGGAUAGGCACAGGGUGGUGGCUAUAGGAGCCUUUUUUUUAUUUUCCAUACUAUUAAAGAGUUGGAAUACAUUUUUAUGUAUGGCAAGUUUAUCAAAUAAUAGUAAUUCACAGGAAAGUAUAUUUUCAUAUUUGGGUUAAAUUAAACCACAGAAGUGUUCACAUUUAGAGAAACAGUUGCAUUCCUCUG